AAAAACAGGAAGUUGCUCGGCAGGUUUUUUUCGGGGGGAGUUGCUGGACAGCCAUUGCCGUGUCGUGGCUCACUAACAAAACACGCCAAAACGAACGUGGCUGUCUGUGGGAUCUCUUUAUUUGUCUACCUACAAGAGCGAACACACUCGACAAAACAUCACACACCCGAACAAGGAGAUUCAUCAGCUCCAGAUAUGGCGUUCAUAUUUGACUGGAUUUAUAGUGGCUUCAAUAGUGUUCUACAGUUUUUAGGACUGUACAAGAAGUCAGGCAAGUUAGUAUUCCUGGGCUUGGACAACGCGGGCAAAACCACGCUACUGCACAUGCUCAAAGAUGACAGACUGGGCCAGCAUGUGCCAACUUUACAUCCAACCUCGGAAGAGUUGACCAUCGCUGGCAUGACCUUCACCACCUUUGACCUUGGAGGCCACGCACAAGCACGCAGAGUUUGGAAAAACUACCUCCCUGCCAUAAACGGCAUUGUCUUUCUGGUGGAUUGUGCAGACUUCUCCAGGUUGGGCGAAUCGAAAACAGAACUUGAUGCGUUAAUGACGGACGAGACCAUCGGAAACGUUCCUAUCCUCAUCCUGGGCAACAAGAUCGACAGAGCGGAGGCCAUCAGCGAGGAAAGACUGAGGGAAAUGUUUGGCCUGUACGGCCAGACGACAGGCAAGGGCAACAUUCCCAUGAAGGAGCUGAACACGAGGCCGCUGGAGGUGUUCAUGUGCAGCGUGCUGAAGAGGCAAGGCUACGGCGAGGGCUUCCGUUGGCUCUCCCAGUACAUCGACUAGAGCCGGCCCCGCCAAGCGCCACCAGAGGGCGCCGCUCUCGAUGCCCCCUCCAUCAUCCUCAGCCCCGUGUUUGGUUCCACCGCCCUCCGAGGAAACCAUUACAACUCGAUCCCAAUAGACUUUUAUUGGUCGAACAUUUGGUUCUGCACUUACAGCACACACAGACACACACACACACAGACGCACACACACGCAAUGUUGUCAUACCUCUCUCUGCAUAACUUUGGCAGCAAAUGUCCAAACUCCAAAUGGAGGUGUUUUCUUUCUAUAGGCCGUCUAUCCUCUGCCCCCCCCAGAUAAAUAGCAUUAUAUUUAAUCAUGCUUUGUUUUAUGACAUGAUAUCAUAAAGAGCCCAGUAGGUGGCGCUGUGUUUUUACUAUCAUGGUGGAAACAUUAGUGAGGAUCCAAGGACCAAUAAUAAUAAAUAAUAAUGUAUGAAAUGUACACAAACAUUGUACAUGGAUGUUGUAUCCUUCUACCACACACUUUACUUCCAUGCAUGCCGCCGCCUUUUCCACUUGUAGUAGUGGUAGUAGUAGUAGUAGUAUAAUGAUGAUUGCUCUAAUCAAGACUAGCAGAGGGAUGAGAUGGAAUGAAUGUUAACAAUUCCCAGGCCUUGUCUUUCCUUCCGCAAGGAGGAUCAUCAUGGUGGAAUAAAUGUUUGCCAUCCAUCACGGCCUUGAACGUG